AGACCUUUUUCCUCUCUCACUCUCUGCUCAACCUUCGCCGAGGGAAGAAUCUCCGACGUCCUCACCAGAGUUUCUCUCUCUCUCUGGAUUCGGAACUUUUUCUCUCUGGUUUUAUCUUCUUCGGCGACUUCGCGAUAGGAUCGGAUCUCUCCCGAAGAGCAAAAUCUCUCCUACUUUGCUCCUAGGAUGACGUCUCUUCAUCGUGUUGUCGGAUCGAUCGCUAGAACGAGAUCACGUCCUAUUUCCUCAAUUUUGUGGAGUGGUUCACAAACCCAUUUGAAUUUGCCAUCAUCCCGUUUCAAUUCCAUGUCUACGAAAUCUCGAAAUGGAGAAGACGAGUGGAACGAUGCUUGGGAAACCGCUUGGCUACCAGAUGAUCUGACGGAGAAGAACCGAGCACCGUGGGAGACCGACGUGAACUUUCCGGCGACAGCAGCGGAGUCCACAGCGGUUGUGGCGUCGGAGGAAGUAGAUGUGGAGACGCUUUCAGGGAAGAGCGGGAAAGAGACCAUGGAGAAGAAAGAAAACGUUGUCAGUGAAUCGCUUUAUAGCUUGGAGACUAUGAAGAAGGAUUACAGGUUGAAGAAGCAGAGGAUCCAUGCUGCUCUUUGGGUGAAGGAGAUUGAGAAGCUCGAGGAAGCUAAAUUGGGCGAUUCUGGAUUAGGCGGUGAUGAUGAUAUGGAUAGGCUGCUCGACAGUUACUCAGAGAUUUUUGACUCACCAAACCAUGAUUUCGAGAAUUUGGAAUUCUCGGGUGCAUCAGAACUGAAAGCCAAACCUGAUGGUUGGGAAACGACUGCAAAAGAGCAAGAUGGGAAUCUCUGGGACAUGUCACAAAGAGAGGAAGACAUUCUCCUGCAAGAAUUUGAUCGUCGGAUUGCGUUCUGCAAAUUUCAGAUAGCGAGUUUCAUAAAGCAACACAUAUUCAGCCGGAGAAGGCCAGUGGACGGGUGGAGAUACAUGAUAGAGGUGAUCGGACCUAACGCUCGGAAAGGGAAAGGCGGCGUUUCAAGGUUACCCGCACUAUCGGAAAUGGCAACGCAACCGUUCAAGGAGGAGAGAAUGCAGCCGGAGAUUGGCAGUCUCACGCCUUUGAAGAGUCGAUAGUUCCAUCACAUGGUUGGAAUGGAACGCUUGAAAGUGGAUCAGUCUUGGUGUGAUAGGAGUUGUUAAAGACCAAGUUUCUCUGUCGGUCCUGUAAUUGGUACAAGUAUAAAUCAUUGCAGAUGUCUCUGAAUUCAUGUUUAAAGUAUGGCGUUUCUUAUUAAAUAUUCUGCCCUUUUUAUCUUCA